AUGUCCGCCUUCCACGUGGUGCUGGAGACCAUCCGCACGCUGUGGGAGGUCCCGUACAUUGCACACUUCUGCCAGCUGCUGCGCCAGGAGCUGGCCACCUCCAACCGCCGCGAUGACCCGCGCAUGCUGCCGUCGUUCGACGUGGAGCAGCUGGAGCUCGCCCUCGCCCGCUCCUCCGACCCAAAGGCCGACGACCAGGACGAGGACGAGGAAGAGGCUGCGGCUGCCGUGGCGCUCGUCGCCCAGCUGGAGGCAGAGCGCAAGGCGGCCAGCGAGCGGCGCAAGAACAGCCGCCGCGGCAGCCGGCAGCGCCGCAAAGGCAGGGGCGCCGCUGAUGAUGAAGGCGAUGACGAAGAUGAUGAGGAUGAGGAAGAGGACGAGGAGAUGGAGGUGGGCCGGUCGAGGCGCAACAGCAAACAGGUGACGCCGAAGAAGGCGAAGACGCCCGCAAAGAGGACGCCGUCGCGGUCGAGUGGUCGGCGACGAAAGGCCAAGCCGCGAAAACCCAUGCGGCGAGGCACACGACGCAGCACGCGGCUGGCACGCAUGGAGGACGACGACGAGGACGAGGAGGAGGAGGAGGAGGAGGAGGAGGAGGACAAGGGGGAAGACAAGGGGGAGAAGGAAGAGGACAAGGGAGAGAAGGAAGAGGGGCAGCAGGAGGCUAAGGAGGAGGAAAAGAAGGAAGCUGCCGAGGACGGCAACGGUGAAGCGGCAACAAGCGAGGAAGCACCGGCCGAGGAGAAGAGCAAGAACAACGCAACGGAGAAGGAGAACGAAGAGCAGAAUGGCGGCGAUGACACCGGUCACGGAAAGACGGAGACAGAACAAGACACAGCCGAGAAUGAGGCAGAGGAAGAGAACCAACGCAAGGAGGACCAGCAGCCACAGCAAGAAGGCAACGGGGAGCCUGCUGCUGACAUGGCGGACACUGCGCAGGAUGCAGGGGCUGGCGGCGAUGGUGAUGGCGCGAUGAAGGAGAACAGCACCGACGAUGAACCGGCCAUCAACGGGGGCGAUGCUGCUGCUAACGAUGGUGAUGGUGAUGGUGAUGGUGAUGACUCGCAUGUGCACAUGAACGGUGUGCAGGAGCCGUUGGAGGAGAUUAAAGUGCGCACACGGCUCGACGGCGGGUACCUGGACCCCCUGCUCGUCCACAUCCACAUCAAACUCCUCAGAGGCCUUCUCGACGACGACAACAUCACCAAAGACAACUGGGAGGAUGCGUUUACGCGCGUCAUUACAGAGCGCCUCCCCGAUUCCUUCAUCAACCCUCUUGUCGAGGCAAACUACAGGGCCGUGGGUGCGCGGCGCAAGACUGUGUUGCUGCACCACUUGUGCGAAUGGCGAUUGGAUGCCUGGGAUCUCGUGCCGGGCGGGCCCCUCCAUAGCAACCUCAAGGUGCUUGAGCCUGCGAGUCUGCGUGUCGAGCCGCUUGGUGUGGACGCCAAAGGCAACACCUACUGGUACUUUGCCGGCAUGCGCCUGUACAGGGAGGCGCCCCCACCCCCACCCACCAGUCGUGCUGGCCGAGGCACGUCCCGUGGUCGCCGCAACACAGGUCGCAGACGGUCCUCCGCUGCUGCUGCACGCGCACCGUCGUCGUCAUCAUCGUCAUCGUCACAGCAACAAGUCUCGGAGUCUGGACACCCGCUGCUGGUGCGGCUGCCGCAACGGCUCGACGACAAGGCGCACAGGCUUGAGACAUUUGGCACGUGGGACCUUGUGUGCAACACUCCUGAAGACUGGGAUCGCCUGACGAAGAAGCUUGCCUGCAAAGGAAGGUCUGCUGCUGCCGAGCUGUACAAGCUCAUCCGUGACGACUUUGCCCCCGUCAUUCACGAAAUGUUCCAGAAGGCCGAGGCCGAGCGCAAGCGGCGUGAGAAGCGGGAGGCGUUGGCCGCAGCACCACGCCGCCUCUCCCGCCGCCAGCUCGCCCUCAAGGAGCAGCAGGAGCGACAGGCCCGCGAGGCGCGGGAGCGGGAGGAGCAGCGGCGGGCGGAAGAACUUCGACGUGAGGAAGAGGCGAAGCGGAAACGCGAGGAAGAGAAGAGAAGACAGAGGCUCGCCUUUGAGCAGCAGCGGCAGCGCAUGAAGGAAGAGGCCAUUGAGAGGCGAAAGAACAACCCAGACAUUGACCUCUCAUGGUAUGACGAUGCGUGGAAUGUGUUGGACCAAGUGCGCAACCACGAGGACGCGUGGCCGUUCCAGGAGCCUGUGACAGAUGCCGAGGCGCCGCACUACUCUGAGAUCAUCAAGCACCCGAUUGCGCUGGAUCGGGUUGGCCAGAAGCUGGAGGACGAGGUGUACGACCACGUGGACGAGUUUGCGGCGGACGUGCUGCUCAUCUUUGACAACUGCCGUACAUACAACGCACCGCGCACCAUCUUCUUCAAGCUUGCAAACACGCUCCAGGAGUAUUUCCGGCGGCGCAUGGUGCGGACGUUCCGGACGUGGAGCGGCGAGACGGCGGUGGCGAUGAACAGCAACCGGCGCAGCGUCAACCCGCUCAUGUCCGCGGCAGAGCAGCAGGCAGCCGCAGAUGCAGUGCUGAACAGCAACAACAACAACAGCAGCAGCGGCGGCGGCAUCAGUCAUGGCAAGCCGCGGGUGGUGCGGGCGAGUGAUAUCAAGAACAUUGCGGACCUCGAGGGCCUGAUGAGCGAAUCUGAGGACGACGAUGAGGUUGACGGCGGGAAGGAGGAGGAUGACGACGACUAUGAGGUGCACAGCAGCGACGAGGAGGAGGCUGCUGCUGAUGACGACGAAGAUGAGGAGUACAUCAACGAGGAAGAGGACGAGGAGGACGAGGACGAGGAUGAGGAUGAGGAUGAGGAUUUCGGUGCUCGCAAGCGCAAGCGGCGUGGUGGCGGCUCCAAGAAGAAGGCAGCGAAACGGUCGUCGCAAUCAUCUUCGUCUGCACCCACCACCGCAUCGCAGCAGCAGCAGCAGCAGCAGCAGCAGCAGCAGGCAAUGGCAUCACCACACCAACAGCAGCAGUCGCCACAUGGGUAUGCACAACAGCAACCCCGACAGCAACUUCAACAGCAACCUCAACAGCAACCUCAAAUAACCCUCUCCCCACACCAGGCCCAGUUAUUGCAGGCACUGCAGCAACACUUGCAGCGAGCGCAGCAGCAGCGAGCGCAGCAGCAGCAGUCACAACAGCAGCCAGCGCAGGCAGUGCAGGUUGGAGCAGUUGACGGCAACCCAGCGGCGCGGGCGAUUCAAGCGAUGGCGCCACAGCUACAGCAGGCCAUUGCCACCCAACUCCUGACAACUAUGCAGCGCAACCAGCAGCAGCCACAACAGCAGCCACAGCCACAACAGCAGCGGCAGCAGUCGUUGCAGUCGCUGCUCGCCAACAUGCCACCGGGCAUGUUGCAGCAUGCACUGGUGCGAUUGCAACAGCAACACCAACAGCAACACCAACAGCAGCAACCGCCAAGGCAAGCGCACCCACAGCCACAGAUGCACUCGCCACAGCAGAUGCAGCAACAACACCACCAACACCACCACCAGCAGCAGCAGCAGCAGCAGCAGCACGUACCAUCCCCACCCCAACAGCACCCUCAACACCACCACCAGCAGCAGCAGCAGCAGCAGCCCACUUUUGGUGCCAUGCCGCUGUCAUUGACACCGCAGCAGCUGGCAGCGCUGCAGCGUCUGGCAUCGCAAUCGCAGCAAUCACAACUGCACUCACAGCAGCCACAGCACGCCCAGCAGCCAUCAUCACAGCCCGUGUAUUCCCGGUCCUCGGCCCCGUCUGCUGUGCCUGUAGCACCGCACCCGGUGACGACCACCAGUGCAGCCGCCGCCGUCAUGGCGAUGAUGGCGCAGCAACGCCAACAGCACCAGCAGCCAGCGGGAGUGCAGCACAUACGAGGGCCCGUCGCGACCAGCGCCACAAUCGCAGGGGCGACAACCCAAUACCAGCAGCAGCAGCAGCAGCACCAGCAACAGCCCACGUCACCCAUGUCCGGGCUGUCGUUGCAGCAGCUGCAGGCACUGCAGGCGCUCGCACAACAAAAGCAACAACAUCAUCAACACCAUCAUCAGGCAGCGGCUGGCGGUGGUGGCCCACAUGUCACCCGCCCACACCAACCACAACCACAACCCCAGCCACAGCCACAGCAGCAGCCUGGUACGUCGCAAGGGAGCGGCAGUGCUGCGUGGCUGCAGCAGGCGGCCAUACAGCGGCUGUUGCAGAUGCAACAACAACAGCAGCAGCAGCGGAAGUGAGGGCUGCUCGUCAGUGCGGCGCUCGGGCACUUCAUCAGGCUUGCAGCGGUGUAUUCGUAAUUGGGUGUCAGAACUGUAGUAGUUGCAUGUGUGUGUGUGUGUGUGUGUGUGUG